AUGACAACUAAUGAUAAUAUUAAGCCGUUAGUCGAUAGGAUAUUGAUGAACCCGUUACAAUUUAUUCAAGUAGCAAAUGAUACUGAUACAAAUAAAGGAAGUGGUGUAAGUUCUGAAACUAUUAAGAAUACUUCAUAUAUAGUAAUCGGUAAAGGGAAGUCUAACGGGAUCGAAAAUAAUAACGUGGAUCAAAAAGCCGAUAAUAUUAAGGUCCAUUCAGAAAAUAAUGUUGUCAAAGAAUCUGAAAAGAUUGUAAAACCUAAAUCUAUGGCAGAGGCAUUAGCUAUGUAUAAUAAAUCAGAUAAAAAGACUAAUAAGAAAAGAGCAGGAAAGAAAUUGUCUUUGACUCAAGAUGAUUAUGACAAUAAUUUAGAUGAUAACAAUGAUAACGCGGGGAAUAAUGUCCAGAAUUGUGAACCUGAUUCUAAUAACUUCAGUGAAGUUGUCAUUAAAAAAGACGCAAAUCAGUUAAAUAUGGAAAAGAAUAAUGAGGAUAAAGAAAUAGAAGAAAGCGAUGAGGAUGAUAUGGAUUAUCAAGAUGAGGAAACAGAUUCCGAUGAUUUUUCAGAUUCGGAUUCUAUGUCAUCAAAUGAUUCAAUCGAUAAGCCUAUGUCCCACACACAACACAAUAAUAUGAUGGAAGAAGAUGUUGGGGAAGAUGUAGGAGAAGCACUUGAAAUAAUUAGAAAGGAAACCACAGUGGGGAAAGGUGUAAAUAGUAAUAUUAGUGAAGAUGAUGAAGACAGUAAUGGAAAUGAUAGUGAUGAUAGCAAUAAUGAAGAAGUAGAAGAGGAGAAACAGGAGGACAAGAACGAGAAAAUAAAUAGAAAUGAUAAAGUAUUGGAGUCUGAAAGAAUUGGUUUUUUGGAAGAAUCCAUUGUCUAUGAAAUUGAAAAAGAAAAGAGAAAAGAGAAUAACCCAUGUGACGCUGCUAUACAGAAAUAUAAUGAAAAUAUUACUUUCGAGAAUAUGAAACAGGAUGAUGAAGAUUUAAAACAUAAAUUGCCAUUUAAUAAAAGAGAGGAGGUGGCUAAAUCAAAUGCUGAAUUGGAAGGUUUUUACCAAUUUAAUGAGAAUAUUGCUGAUGAAGGUUCUAUAUUGCCAUCUAAAAUAAUCAAAAAUUGGGGUGCUGAAAUGUCUGCCUUAAAACCCCGCGGAUUACUGAAUCAUGGAGUAACAUGUUAUACAAAUGCUGCAGUUCAGGCUAUGUUACAUAUCCCUUCUGUUCAGCAUUAUUUAUGGGAUGUAUUACGUGGGAAGUAUGUCGACAUCAUUAAACCCACUUCAGUUACAAUGACCUUGGCUGAGACAAGUAAAAAAAUGUGGUUUCCUAAUGACAAAUUGAAGAAAAAAUUGUCUUCAUACAUUAAUCCAAAUAAAUUGAUUAAUAGAUUAGAGGAUAUCAAUUGUAUGAUGAGUGAAUGGCAACAAGAAGAUUCUCAUGAAUAUUUCAUGUCUCUGAUGUCAAGAUUACAGGAAGAUUCGGUUCCUAAGGGCCAUAAAAUGACAGAAUCUGUUGUUUAUGAUAUUUUUGGAGGUUUGCUAAAGCAAUUAGUUACAUGUAAGUCUUGUGGUGGUAUAUCUAAGACUGAACAGCCAUUUUAUGAUCUUUCAUUACAUUUGAAGGGGAAAAAGAGUGGUAUAAAUGAAAAUACAUCAUCAAACACUUCUAUAAAUGAUGAUUCCAUAGUUUCUCUAGUAGAUAGUAAGACGAAUUUAGUAAAUGAUAAAUCUAAUGAUAUAAAAGAUGAAAAUGUUUCUGGUUCAAUUUCAGGUAAUGAUAAGGACAUAGACAUUAGAAAACAUACAGAUAAUACUAAUCAAUCGCAACCAAGCAUAAGUAGAAAGUUUUCUAUUGAAAAAUCAAUUAGAGAUUUUUUUAGUCCAGAGUUGAUCAAAGUCGAUAAUGAACAAAAGGGAUAUGUUUGUGAAAAGUGUCAUAGAACUACAAAUGCUGUUAAACGUAACUCUAUUCUUCGGGCACCAGAAACUUUAUUAGUGCAUUUGAAAAAGUUCAGAUUUAAUGGUACAUCAUCAUCUAAGAUGAAACAGGCAGUUUCGUAUCCAAUGUUUUUAGAUUUAACAGAAUAUUGUGACAAAGAAUCUAUUCCUGCUGGUAAAAAGCAAUUGCCUCUCAAAUAUCAAUUAAUAAGUGUCGUAGUACAUGAAGGUCGUUCCUUGUCGUCUGGUCAUUAUAUUACUCACUGUAAGCAACCAGAUGGUUCAUGGGCCACAUAUGACGAUGAAUACAUUAACAAAAUCACUGAAAGAGAUGUUUUGAGAGAGCCAAAUGCAUACUACUUGAUUUAUACCAGAUUAACGCCCAAGAGUAUAAAAUUAAAAGAUACCUUACCAAAAGAGAAAAUUGCUGGUUUACCGUACAUUAAAAGUAAAAAUAAUAAGAAUGGCAAUACUGAUAAAUUCAGAGGUCAAAAUAAUAACAAAAAUUCUACUAAUAUGAAUUCAAACAUAUUGUCCUUAGCUAAUAAUAACAAAGGCCGUAAGAAGUGGAAGAAAAAUAAAAAACGUAAGUUAAACAAAUAA